CAACAUAGCGAGCUGCGCGAUGUCAUUAUCAAAUCAAAUGCUUCCGGAUUGGCACUGGACCAGCAAAAGGUGGAACAAUAUAUCAAAGCAAUGUCCUUAAGUGGCAGCGAUAAGGUAAACAAUGAGAAGUUGGCGGCCAUGUGGAUGUAUGCCACACACAUGGGCAGUCUGCCACCACGUAAAGAGACGCCAUCAGGUCGCUCCAUUAUGCUAAUUCCCGCCACAGCUGCAGGCAAUGGGCUGGCGCCACCACCGCCAACACGUCUGCCGCCCGCACCACCUGGCAUGCUGCUGUCCGUGCCAGCGCCACCGCCGCAAUAUCGUGGCAUGACAUUGCCCUACAUGCGUCCCGGCUCCGUGCUGUAUGCGCAUCCCGCCAGCCUGGCGGGCACCUAUCGCACCCACAAGAGCACCAAGAGCGCUGAGCUCAAUGGUCAGCGUCGUCGUCGACGUGCUGGCAAAACGGACGCCAAUCGUCGCCAGCGUCGCAAGUCCGAGGCGGACAUGCUCGAUGGUGCGCCCAACUUUCAAUACAACGGCCUGGAUCGCGCCAUAGCCGACAGCUUUCUAGCGCGCCAGGAGCAAUCGCAGACGGGCAGUCACAUUGACUACUCCUCCUCCACAUCGUCGGCCAACAGCGAGGCGUACGCCCAUCAACAGGCAACAGCUGGAGGCAGCGGCGGCGGCGGCGGCAACUCACGCAGCUCCUCCAAGGCGAAGAUUGUAUGUCGCGAUGUGGUCAUGUGAGCAAGUCCAGACUGAGAGCUGCGCACGCUUUGUAAAUAGUUUACUUUUACUAAUUUUUAUUAUUAUACACUAUUGUAUUUUUUUUUUGCA